UCCAAGAUGGCGCACGGGUGAAGGAAAAACAUGUCGAGUUCCGAAGGCGGCUCUUCUGGUACAAGCCAAGCCAGCCAUCUUCUAGCUAGCAAUAGAAAACUUAUAAGAUCUGAGAAAAGCUCACUGUCUGGUAGCUUUGAGCCACCUAAGAGUUAUGGCUCAACAACCAAACCAGUUCGAAGUGAAGUCGAUAUAAAAAUGAUUGGUCAUGUCGUUCAGAGUUUGGACACAUUACAAGGAUUAUCAAUAAGAUACGGUGUACCGGGUGAAGAAAUAAGGCGAGUCAACAAAUUGUGGACAAAUGACAAUAUACAUUUUUACAAGAUUAUAAAAAUACCUGUGAAAGUGAAUUCUACAUUUGUGGGUUUUGAUGAAUUGGAUGUGGAUGUUGAGCAAGAGAAGCAUGAUCUUGUAUCAGAAAACAGUGAUGUUAAGGACAGUCAACCCGGAACUACAACCAGUAACGUCAUGCAAACAGAAAAUACUGAAGACUCGGUGUCACAAUUUUUAGAGCAGCUCGAUGGAACUAUAAAGCAGAAUGUCCAACGGUCAGAAAAGCUAAGGCUACACUCAGGAAAAGAACUGCUGGAAAAACUUGAAAGAGAUCAACAUGCAAGUAGAACAAGAGAAGAUGACCUCUUUAGACCCUUGUCCUUUUCCUCUCCUAACCAAAGAGCAUCAAGGCAAUCUGUCAACAGAUCCAAAUCAGACAUAAUGAAUACUUGUGACGAACAGUUCUUUGAACUCUGACAUUUGCUUACAUCAUUGCUGAUUUCCUACAUCAAGCAUGAUGACAUUUUAUAAUUCUACUUCUAGAAUCUUUUGCGGUUAAUGGUAAUAUUCACUCUGGUCUUGGUAUAAGGUUGUAGUAGUUUAGGUAUAAAGCAUCCUUGGAGUUAAAGACUGAGUGUAAAGGUGGCCACCGCUCAAUUAUUAUAUUUGAAAUACGUAUUUUAAUAGUGCUUCAAAUUAGAUACGAAAAGUGAAAAGUUUAAGAUUAAAAUAUACCCAGUCCUCAAUAGUUUUUACACUUGCAAAACCUCUGGAUUUUUAAUUCCAAAUAACUUCAUUGAAGUUAGAUAAAUGGUCAUAAAACUUUUAUAAAAAUGUACUUUUCAAAAUAGUUUCAUCUUUGAAAAUCAAUGGUGGCCACAUUUGGACUGAUAGAAAAAAUGAUUACAUACAACUCAAUCUCAUUAAGUAGAAUGCGUUGUUCCAGAACAAUCCAUACCACACCAUGGAGGAAUCAGAAGUUCCUUAGGUAUGGGGGGUUAGAGGGGGGUGUUACAAAGUUUCUGGAAAUUUCAGAGGAAAGGGACCCUUUUAUUAAAUUUCCUCCAUGGUAGAGUAUGAAUAAUUUGCAUAACCACAAUAUAAACCAUGAUGAACAUAACUUGCCAUAGAAAUUUUAGCAAUUAUCAGCUCCCAACCUCUCCUUACUUCUCAAAUUACAUUAAUUUGAAUCAUAAUAUUUCAACAAAUUUUAGAUUAAUAUAAAAGACUGCUCAAAAAAAAUCAAAAUAUUUUUCUAUUACAUAUUCACUAGAAUUGAGGAUUUAUUUGAAAAAUUCAAAAUGAGAAUGAGGAGUGUAAUAAUUUGGCACUAAAGAUUCAUGUUUUCAGGGUUCACAUGGCCAUGAAAAAACUUUGCAUUAAAAUUGUCAUAUCAGGGUAAGGGUUUUGUAAACUAAUUAUUUUUACAUUAUUAUAGUUAGUGUUUUAAUAACGCAUCUACCAAAAACUUGUUAUUGAUUGGUUGAUCAGAUACAGUCAAUUCAAAAAACGUUGUCGUCGACCGGCUUAAGCCUACGUGACUGGACCGAAAGGAAUAUAGGUAAAAAUCACUGAAGCGGUCAAAUAUUCAUUCUGAAUUAAUUGUCCCGCUAGUAAUAAGAUAAUAAUGGCGAGAAACAAUCCAUCAAACGCAUGUAAUUGGAUUUAGGGAAAGAAAAACAAAGUAGUUAUGAUUCAGUUCACAAUUUUGAAAAUAUGAAGGCAUGAAAAAAACGUCUUCUUCAACACUUCCCACUCGCCUAUAAAGGUUCAUGCUUUAAACCAGGCAUAACUAGUCAGAUAAAAUUAUAGAGUCAACUCGGCUACAAUGAUUACUACCCAGAGUUCCUUUCAGUCCAGUCGCGUAGGCUUGAGUUGGUUGACGACAACAUUUUUUGAAUUGACUGUAUAUAUCAAGUCUCUCUCAAUCCAUUCAACGUUGGAUAUUUUGGUUGAGUGAUCAACAUGCACUAAACAAUGUGCCGGGGAAAAGAAGAGAAUAAUUAGGAUUACACUAUUGUUUCCCAUAGCCUUGACUCAAAGUGUAUUGUGAUUAACCACUCAACAAGUAUAUCACUUUCUUAAUAAUAUGUGUAAUUUCAUUAUGCUCUGUUUUCAAGAAAAUGAAAUACAAAAAUAAAGGCUUAUUAUUAUGAUGAA